AUGCUGGAACCAAGUAAAGAUUUAGAAUUCUAUUCGGAUAUAUCAAAACAAGUUAAGGAAUUUUAUGAAUCUGUGGUGAUAUUUUUGACUAAUAAAGAUUACUCCGAUUUAAUAUUUAACGCAUUAUGCUCAAUACGUACAGCAUUGCGUGAAGACGAUAAAAAACGUCUCAUUGAUACUAUUGUAGACAUUCAUUUACAAUGGUUACAUGCUGUAAAUGAAAUUGAAAAUUUUAAAAAUGGUUUGUCUCAGAGUAUUCCAAGGGAGGAAGUAUUUCAAUCCAUUACUUUCACUAUAGAUGCGAUAGGCCAUCGUUUGAAGUACUUCCAAAGAUAUAUGGAAAAGUAUCGAGGAGAACUAUCAAACGAAUAUCAAGUACACGUACUUGCUGAUUUGGAAAUUGUGGAAGAAAUGAAUAAAGAAGUGACGGUAGCACUUUUAGAAAAAUUAAAAAAAUUUAAAAGCUACGAUUGUUUUGAAGAAUAUAAAGUACAUAUACAUGAGGCAAUUGAUGAUUUGCUAAACUGGCUCGAUAAAAAUUACGAUGGUUUGGUCAUAAAAUUAAGUAAAUAUAUUAACGUCCAUCUACCAAAUUUACAGGGUGAUUUAACUAAAACUUUGCAACAAAUUGUCGAUGAAUUUAAUACUGAUCCAACCAAUCCAGUUGUUAAAGAGGUAAUAGAAGAGUUAAGAAAGAAAGGCAGAGAAAUUGGUUUCAUGAUAAGAGGCACAGUUGGACACUCUCUUGAGCUUAGUAAAGUAUAUGAGAAGAUUAUUAAUUUGGAAGGCCGUAUUGAGCGACUGGAAAAUGAACCAACUAGUGCAGCAGUCAUGGCUUUAAAACGCAAAAAAGAAUUUUUGGAAAAAAGAGUAGCUUCCCUUGAAAAAAUGAAAACUACUUUGAAAAGUGUUCAAAAUUUAACUGAAAUUAAACUGCACGGUGACUUUGGAGAAGAGGAUGAAAUAUGUUCAUGCGAAGAUUUUUAUCAAUUGAAAAUAUUUAAUCACUUUCUUCCAAUGGAGACACGAGAACGUCUAGUUACAGAAUUAUGUUAUUUAUGGGAUUUGGCAGUUUUUGGAGAAAGAAGUAAUCAUUCUAUAAUUUCUAUACUUAGCGCCACUGAAGUGAAGGAAGAAUUCACUGAUGAAAAAGGCACUUUCUAUGUAGACGAACACAGCAGAAGAAUAUACAAAUCUCCUAUUGAUGGAACACUUUUACAACCUAAUGAACGAGGCGAGCUAGUGCCUCUUUCUGACGAUGAAAAUCACAUUUAUUACUACGAUGAAUGUGGCCGUUAUUUUGUUGAACCAAAAACGAGAGAAAGAAUCUAUAAAGCCCAUGCUACUGCUAGUGAGUAUAUGAUGGAUUCCACAGGACUUUUAAUUAAAAUAAAAGAAGAGAGAGAUGGAAUUGUAUUUCAUUAUGAUAACUGGGGUCGUUAUUACGUAAAUGAGGAAGGUAAACAUAUUUAUCGUGAUGAAGAUCAUUUAAGCGAAUAUGAAAAUGAUGGUUUGGGGAACUUAGUUCGUAUUCGAAGCCAAGCAGAUAUUUUUCAAUCGUGUCCAGGUGAUGCUCAAGUAUCUGAAGAUUUUAAAUAUUUAAAACAAACAGUGGGGCCUGCAUUACGAUUUUGUAUUGCCGAAGUUAUAAUACACCAACCAGCAGAUCCUAUUAAAUAUUUAUCUUCAUCUCUCAUUAAGUUUAGAGAAAACAUAGAGCUCAAAGAAAAACGCAUUACGGAAAAACAAGAACUGGAAGCCGAAAGAGAAUUUAUUGCUGCCGAGGAACGAGCUAAAGCUGAACGUGAAGCCAUGGCACUAUUAGCUACAAGGGGAGGUAGUGAAGCUAGCUAUGACACUAACCUGAUAAUGUAUUCUACUAUACGACCAGAUGAUCAAGUUUUAGUGAAAGCAAGCGAUAUUGAAAAUAACUAA